UGUGUGCAGUGACACAUCACCGUCUUAACAUUUCCAGUCAGCGACCUCAGUGGAUAGCUUUAAACAGCUCAUUCUCUGUUACGCAGCGACAGCCAUGCCAAAACAUAUAGUACACCAGCUCCUCUGACACCAGGUUCGGCAAUUUAUUUAUGCAGAAAAUGAGUCAGCCAAGAGAAAAUUACAAAGACUCAAGAAAUCACAUCAAAUGUCACUUCCACAAUAACUCACAAUGUCCUGUUUGCCUCCAAACAGCCAUCUGUCCUGUAGAAACUAAUUGUGGACACUUAUUCUGCAGUUCUUGUCUAAUUGCAUAUUGGAAGCAUGGUUCUUGGUUUGCAGCAAUAAGCUGUCCUCUUUGCAGGCAAAAGGUGACUAUACUCUAUACCCUCUUCUGUGACAAUCAAAAGGACGAGCAGUGCAAAAACAAUGGUUAUGAAAUAAGAAGUUACAACAGACGAUUUUCUGGACAGCCACGACCUGUUGUUGAUUACUUCUAUGAUAUGCCCUUUUACAUCAAUCUUGCACUAAGAGGACUCUUCACUAUGGCUGGAAUAGUAUGGAUCUUUUUUUUCCGAAUUGCAGUUUGCUCUUUUGGAGCAAUUAUAUGCCUUACUUCUCCAUUAAACAUCAUUCCUGAGCCACUGUGUGGGAUCCUGGGAACUGUGGAUGACUUAGCUGUAUUGGUUCUUCUUUUAACCUGCAUGUUUAAUAUAAGACAGCAGGUACAGUCAGAGAGAGACCAUGCAGGAGAUACCACAGUCCGGAACAUUCUAAGUGACUCACUUUAAAUUCUACAUUUUGAUAAUUACAGACUGACACUUAAGUGAAAGAAGUACAAACCUACUUAUUUACUGUUUCUAAAUGGAAAACAACUACAGUAUUCCAAAAUGAAGAAGAAGUUGUUUCAGCCAGCUAUUAACCUUUGCUUUCAGCAUGUUUGGCCACAUAUUCCA